AUGGAUUUUACAAUUUCCCCAAUCCAAAUUCUUGAAACAAUUUUAUCUUUGCUUAUUCUAUAUGCUGCCUUGAGAAUCGCAGCUAACACUAAGAAGAAGAUCACCAGCACAAAGACGACUGUGACUGCCAAAUUAGUCCCCCAACCCUCUGGAGCAUGGCCCUUCAUAGGCCACCUCCCUCUGCUACGUGGCAAAGACCCAGUUGCCAUAACCUUGGGAGCCAUGGCCGAUGACCAUGGACCAAUCUUCUCCCUCAAGCUUGGCCAACACCAAGUGCUGGUCCUCAGCGCCUGGGACACAGUCAAAGAAUGUCUCACAACAAACGAUAGAGUUUUUGCCACACGACCAAGCAUUGCAGGAGGCAAGUACUUGGGCUACGACAAUGCACUUUUUGCCCUAGCCCCCUACGGGCCCUACUGGCGCCACAUCCGCAAGCUGGCCACGCUGGAGCUCCUCUCGACCAAAAGAGUCGAAAUGCUAAGCCACGUUAGGACCUCGGAGGUUGACUUGUUCGUCAAAAAUCUGUUCUCACUUUGCACGAAGAAUGGCCCGAGCCCCUCGCCAGUGCAUUUGAGUGAGUUAAUUGAGUUCUUAACGUUCAACAUAAACGUGAGACUGAUUGCUGGGAAGAGAUUCACAGCUGAGCAAUAUAAUGAGAAAAACAGUGAGGCUUGGCUUUUUGAAAAGGCUGUGAAGGAGGCUUUGUUUCUGUUUGGUGUUUUUGUUUGGUCAGAUGCUAUUCCGUGUCUUGAGUGGCUGGACAGCUUGUUUGGGCAUGUGGGUUCCAUGAAAAGGUGUUUUAAGGAACUUGACUAUGUGCUUGGGAAAUGGCUUGGAGAACAUCGCCAGAGAUCAAGGCCUCAAGGCAAGAUAGAUAGGGUUGAAAGUGACUUGAUGGAUGUGAUGAUCUCCAGCUUUCAAGAGGAGGAGGAUGUAAUUUCUGGCCAUAGCCUUGAUAAUGUCAUCAAAGCAACAGCACUGGUUCUAAUCCUAACUGGCACAGAAAGUACCUCCGUCACUUUAACAUGGGCACUCUCCCUACUACUGAACAACCCAAAAACCCUAAAAGCUGCCCAACAAGAACUGGACAUACACGUAGGAAGAGACACAUGGGUACAAGAAUCAGACCUCCCUAACCUCAAAUACCUUCAAGCCAUUCUCAAAGAAACCCUACGCAUAUACCCACCUGGCCCACUCACAGGCCUGCGUGAAGCCACCGAGGAUUGCCACCUGGCAGGCUACCACGUGCCCAAGGGCACCCGUUUACUAGUCAACAUUUGGAAACUACAACGGGACCCGCGCAUGUGGGCCAACCCAAGUGAAUUCCAACCUGAGAGGUUCAUGACCACCCAUGCUGACGUGGAAUUCAAAGGUCAAAAUAAUUUUGAGUAUAUUCCGUUCAGCUCAGGCAGGAGGUCGUGCCCUGGGAUGGUUUUGGGGCUGCAAGUGGUCCAAUUAAUUCUGGCUCGUUUGGUUCAGGGUUUUGAUAUGAGUAGGGUUGGUGAGGAGGCAGUGGACAUGCGUGAAGGGCUGGGGCUUGCCCUGCCCAAAGCAAAUCCGCUGGAGGCUUUGCUAUCUCCACGCCUUCCUCUUCACCUCUAUAAAUAA